CGUGAUGUAAACAGUACGGCGUGUCGUGUGCAGAAAGUGUCCGUCUGUGUAGAAGUGUACCUUGUGCUCCACACCCUCUCUGUUAUCUUUGUUCAAACUCGUGUAAGAAAAGUCUAUGGGGCUGAUAACUCCCAACCAGAGCAAGUACACAAGGCUGAGCAAAGAUAACAGGGAGGAGGUGUGGAGCACAAGGUACAUUUCCGCACAUCCGGACAAGACAGCGCCAAGCGGUGCAGCGAUCAGCUGAGCACAACAGCAUCAGCUGGUCGCGGUUGGCAGUACUGCUGUUUCAGAGGCAACACUCCCGAGCAGACUCAACUCACUAGAGAUAGCUGCUGAGGAAGACGGCGGCGUGUGGAGCUUGGCAACUUGGCAGCGAGACACAGCAGGUCACUGAGGUUGCACAGGAUGUUGGGGGGCCGGAGGCUGGCUGCUUCCUGCAGUAGGUGGGCGGCGUCUGGCACAGCGACGGGCCCAUUUCAAAGAUGUGGAUGGCAAAGUAUGCACACCAGCAACAUACUUUUACAGAGGCAGGUUUCAAAGCCCAGCACAAGCUCAGUCAAGGUUUGGUUCAUCCCUAAUCCUUUCAAAUGGCUACACAAUCGCAUGGAAAUUGCUGUGUUGCAGAAAGAAUGGGAUCCAUCAUUCAGUCUUGAGGCAUUCAAAUUUGGAGCAACACAGGCCAUCUGCACCGUCACUGAUCUCAUGAGUCAGCGGGAGUGGGGGGAGCUGCGUGGCCUCCUCACACAGAAAGCUAUUGACAAGCUUCGUGCUACAAAGUGGACUUUUGAUCAAACCCACAACCUCACCUUGUCUCCUGAAAAUGUACAGGCCAUUGUAAUAAAAGAUGUAAAACUUCAGUCCAUAGUGGACCAGAAGUACUGUGACAUAGACGUCCUCCUGAUAGGAGCACGGGAGCCAUACAGUGUGGACAAACACUCUCUUGUCCUCCUUGAGUAUUUUGCUCGAUUUCACCGAAAUUACAGUGAAGGAAGGCUGCCAGAAUGGACCAUCACUGUGUUCAAGCUACAGAGCUUCCAGGCAGCACCACAACGAACCCGUACAUAGCAACUUGUGUGUAAUGUAUAGCAACGUAGAAUAAGGACCACAAAUGUUAUUGGAAAAUAAUAUAUUUGGUAAAUA